AUGAGCUCCGCUUUACUCCAAUCUGUUGUUGCCCGUAGAACUAACUACAACUUGACCAACAAGUCACCAAUUUCCCAAGAGAAAAUUCAGGAAAUUGUCAGAACUAUAGUUAAGAAUUCCCCCACCUCAUUUAACGUACAAAGCAUCAGGGCAAUUGUUGUGACCCCAGAGAAUCAUCAGAAACUUUGGAGCAAAGCCGCUGAACUAGCAAAGGCGGAAGAUUCUCCAUAUACUUCUAAACUAGAGCUCUUCUCCAAGGCUUACGGAACCGUGUUAUUCUUCGACCAUUUGCCCACAGUAGAGGGAUUGAAAAAGAAUGUUCCAGAUUUAUUCCACAGCGAGGUCCCAUUAUGGGCUGCCAACUCUAACGGUUACGCUCAAAUAUCAACCUGGGCUGCCUUUCACGAGGAAGGUCUAGGAGCUUCUUUACAGCAUUACCAUCCAUACAUUAUCAAUGCUUCCAAGGAGAUUGGUAAUGCCUUCCCUGAAGGUUGGACUCUAAGAGCUCAAUUGGUCUUCGGUGAGCCAACCAAGGAACCCCUUCCUAAGACUUUCCUUGAAGAGGAUACUGUUCUGAUUUACUAG